AUGCGAGGCAUGGUGGAUUCUGUAACAUUACAUUACCCUUCACAUUCAAACGACGAUUCUCCACAUCCCACAUCUUCAAUCCUACUCACCCAUCCCGACCACUCUCUCUCUCUUCUUCGUGAUUAACCCGUCUUUAGGAGGUUCAGAGGUAUUCAGAGCUCCUACAACGCGCUCCGCACGAUGCAGGCCCUUUCUGGAAACGUCGCUCGUCGCUCUGCACGGGUCGCGGAGAUUCGAGGCGCGAAGGCAACCCCCCAAGCCGCGAACGCGUCCCGUAGGAACAACUUGGGAGUUGCGGGGUCGUCGCUUCGUCGCUGCCAGGGGCUGCGUCCCCGUCGGUCGCAAGCAAGCGGAGCUAGAGCGACGAGACCGAGAGCAACUGACCACCGUGAUGAUAAUGACAGUGACGAUGUGAAGGCCCAUGAGAUGCAAGCCCGCUCUCCCCUAAUUGAAUACAUCAGAGAAGAAGUAGAAGUCGAGGAGGAGAACAAGGAAGAGGAGGAAGUCGAGGAAGAGGAAAAGAUCGAGGAAGAGGAAGAAGAGAGCUAUGGACUUAACCCGAACCAGCCGCAGUUAAAUCGGUAUUUCAUCCCGCGCCGUCUCGUCCCCGGGUACGAGUCAUCCACCGACUACGAUGAAUCUUCCAUGUACACCGAUUGGGACUGUGACGAGAGAGGCCCCGACAUGCCCCUCGAUCCCGACGACCCCCCCAACCCCGACGACCCCCCCCGCCUCGAUGCCACCAGCGGCCCGGAACUCAUGAUCAUCAACGAAGGAUUCAUGGGCCCCGACCUCCCUGUCCCUGCUAUCGAGCCCAGAGAUGCAACGGAAGAUCUCAUCGCGUCCCGAGCCGGAUCGUGCCGCACCCACCAGUUCCGACUUUCGAAUACCGACGAAGAAUGGGUCACGAUCCCGCGCCGCUCGGCUCGCCUCGCGAACCGCCAGAAUCAGCAUGAAGAAAACGACGAGAACCACGAUCCGCGUCGCUCGCGGCAGCGGCCGCCGAAAGGGUCAGACGAUCCUGAAACAAUGCUGGAUCGAUUGCUAGAUACCCGCGUGCAGGCGCGGACGACGCAAAGGACGCUAGAGUCGACGCUCAUCGACAUCCGUCACGCCCUAACAGAGAUCCAAGCGUUACGCCAGGCAGUAGCGGAGAGGAGACGCGGUGACAGCGACAGCAGCGUCGUGACCCGUUCCAACGGGGCGCCGGUCCCGCAACUUGGCAGUGUGCUAGACAGCCUCGACGCAGAAGGCCUUCGCAGCGGACUGCGGACCCUAUCGGGGAUUCUCCGCCGACGCCCUUUCUGGGACUUGGGAGCCAGCGUUCGAGCAAGGAGGCGAGCCGUGAGUUGGCCGGGGGUUCGACGCACGCGGUUAGGAGACGGGGCGGUCGGUCGGGGCAGUUUCAGUUUUAGUUUUCGAAAUCUGCAUGCGAUACGCUGGCGGAGGAGUGGUGGGGGGGUGAGGGGCGCGAGGAGGCGAGCGGCGUCGAGCGCGUCGAUGGAUCUGAGGCUUGUGCAGCGGCUUGAGGAGGCUAUUCAGGGGACGAGGGAGGGCGUGAAUAACGGGGUAUAUGAGGUGGACUGAGUGAUUGUGGUAUGCGGAGUGUUUGCGGCGGAGUCACUAUUGUUCUUCCUUUUGUAAUGGUUUUAGGCAUUGGUUGUAUCAGUACGG